CUGCUGUCAACAAAGAGAGAAGAAGCGUUUCCUGGCUCUCUGGCUGUAGUUUAGAUCAAUGGAUCUUGGAGUCAGAAUUAGUUUAUUAAAGCUGUGAUUAGCCGCGUUGCAGCGGAAACCUGUGAAACAUGCAGCGCUGCAUCUUAAGGUUUGCUGAGCAGCGCCGGCCGUUCUCUGUUCGCUCUGUGGCGGCGAAGCGGAAAGCUCUGCGCAGUUCUUUCCCGGUGCUGGAGCUCCCCCUGCUGCCCAUCCAGCGCCACGUCUACGAGGCAAACCUGAGAAACAGCCGCGCCUGCCAAAACAAGUACACAGAGUUACAGGAGAAGGUGAGGCGAGGCGGAGGGGAAAACGCUGUAAUCAGACACACACAGAGAAACAGGAAGCUGCUGGUCAGGGACCGCCUCCGCUUCCUGUUGGACGAUGACGACUUCCUGGAGCUUUCCCCGUUCGCUGGGAUGGGUCUGCCGUACGGCGACAUCCCUUCAGCCGGCUGCCUGACUGGCAUUGGCAGGAUCAACGGCCUGUGGUGUGUGUUCAUUGCUAACGACGCCACAGUGAAAGGCGGCACAGCGUAUCCGAUCACGGUGAAGAAGCAGCUGAGAGCUCAGGAAGUCGCCAUCCAGAACCGGCUGCCUUGUGUCUACCUGGUGGACUCUGGAGGAGCUUUCCUACCGUUACAGUCAGAGAUUUUUCCUGACAAGAACCACGGAGGAAGGACUUUCUAUAACGAAGCCAUCAUGUCUGCCAUGAAGAUCCCACAGGUGGCGCUGGUGUGCGGCUCGUGCACUGCGGGGGGGGCUUACAUCCCCACCAUGGCAGAGGAGGCGGUGAUGGUGCACCAGAUAGGAACCAUCUUCCUGGGAGGCCCGCCGCUCGUCAAAGCCGCUACAGGAGAGGAGGUGACCCCGGAGGACCUGGGAGGGGCCCGACUCCACGCCGAGGUGAGUGGGUGUGUGGACCACUUUGCGUUGGAGGAGAAGGAGGCGUUUGAUCACACGAGAAACAUCAUCUCCACCCUGAACCUCCACCUGCCUGAGGAGGAGGAGGAGGAGGAGGACACGGCGAAGAGGAAAGCAGCAGAGCAGCCGCUGCACAGUCCAGAGGAGCUUCUGGGUCUGGCUCCUCGGAGCUACAGCCACACGCUGGAUGUGAAGAUGAUUGUGAGCCGACUGACAGACGGGAGCCGCUUCCAGGAGUUCAAAGGUCGAUACGGAACCACACUCGUAACUGGUUUUGCAAAGAUUCAUGGCCACCUGGUAGGAAUAGUAGCCAAUAACGGAGCGCUAACAUACGAAGCGGCGCUGAAAGGAAGUCAUUUCGUCCAGCUGUGUGACCAGAGAGACGUACCGCUGCUUUUCCUCCAGAACACGGCGCCUGCAGCAGCGCUAACGCUUUCUGCCGCACAGGCAGAAACGAACAGCAACCGUCUGAAGGCUCAGGGUUCGAUGAUGUCAGCAGUGGCCUGUGCCUCUGUCCCAAAAAUCACCGUGGUGAUUGGUGGUUGCCAUGGCGGCGACAGUUAUGCCAUGUGUGGACGGGCGUUUGAUCCCAACUUCCUGUUCCUGUGGCCCAACGCCAGAGUGUCGCUGGCGGCGCCGGGUCACGCCGACUCACUGCUACCUGCCGACACCAAACAGGAAGAGGAGAAGAAGCUGAACGAGAAGCUGGAGGAGGAAAGUUCGGCGUUCUUUUCCUCUGGCAGGAUGUGGGACGACGGAGUCAUUCUGCCUCAGGAAACCAGGAAGGUUCUCAGAGACGCUCUGGAUAUUAUCAAACAACAGCGCCACCAGCUGUCUACAGAGAAAAAGCAGUCUGUGCUGCUGCGGAUGUAGAAGCCUUACCAAAACUCCUGCUUUUCUGAGAUCUGGAUCCUGUUUUUAAGGGUCAUCAUGGCUCCCAUGUUAAUGCAGCAGACGUUAUUUCACUUCAGCAGAUUCUGCAGAAAAAACUUCAGGGAUGCUGAAUGUCAUUUUUAUAUUUUUAAAAUCCCUUUUUUCUUCUGUGUGCAGCAUAACAUAAAUUUGCUCUAAUGUGAAUCUGCAGUUUAGAGCCUGUAGAUUCAUCUUGAUCUUUACAAAUCCAAAAGGCCUUAAUUGUUUAUCCCUCUAAACUGUAUUUUGAAGUACUUUGUGUCUAAAAACCCCACAAGCUUUUAACCUGCAACCUGCAUCAUUCUGUAAUUAGAAAUGUCUAAACAUGUUGUAAUUAUGCUUGUUUGUAUAACAUAAAAUGACUGGCUGCUAAA